AUGGAUCUCGAUCUUCAGGACAAACUCGUUGUGGUGACGGGCAGCACGUCUGGCAUCGGCAAGGCGAUGGCCCUGAAAUUUGCUCAGACCGGCGCACACGUCGUGAUAAAUGGCAGGAGCGAGGAGUCCAUCCAAAGCACUAUUAAAGAGAUAAAGCACGCAUCCGCUCACUUGAUUGGCAUCGCUGGUGACGUUGGCUCCAAGGAGGGGACCAAGGCGUUCUGCGAUGCGGUGGACGCCUUGCAGCGGCCGCUGGAUGUGCUGGUCAAUAAUGUUGGCAUCUUUGCCGUGAAGGACUUCUGGGACAUCACCGACGAGGAGUGGCAGCACACCUUCGACGUCAACUUCUUUUCCAACGUCCGCCUGUGCCGGCAUUUCCUCCAGCCGAUGCUGAAGCGCAAUCAGGGCCGGAUCAUCUUGGUUGCCAGCGAGGCGGGAGUGCGCGCAAUCCCCAGCAUGCUACACUACAGCGCUACCAAGACGGCUCAGAUCGGCCUCGCGCGCGGUCUGGCGCAACUCUGUGCCGGGACAGAAGUGACCGUCAACAGCCUGCUUGUGGGGCCCACCUGGACCGAGGGAGUCGAGAAAUACAUUGCCGGCAUCGCUGCAAAGACUGGGCGCAGCAACGAGGAAGAAGCGAAGGCAUAUUUCACCCAAACGGAGCCGGGGUCGCUGCUGCGCCGUUUUCUGCGGCCGGAGGAGGUCGCGUCUGCGGCGGUGUUCCUGGCCUCGGCCGCGGCUUCCGGCAUCAACGGAUCCGCGCAGCGCGUCGAGGGCGGCAUCAUCCACUCCAUCGUCUGACUUGGCGUUCCCUCUGCCGAAUUGUGCAUCUGGUUUGAGGCGUUCUCUCCGCUGCGCUGGCGUUAUGAGGCGCUCCCUCCCCACGCGCUGCGCUGCCUGGCAGCCUGAGGCGUUCCCUCCGCCGGAAUGCGUUUUGAAGGCGGUGUCAUUCAUUCCAUCGCCUGAUCGCGGCGCUUUCUCCGCUGGGGUUCAAGUUCUGAGGCGUUCCCUGCC